GUGUGUUCAUUCUAGGAAAAAAUGCUUGGAAAGCCCGAAUCGCCGCACUCAGUUUGCAAUAAGUGGGAAAAUAGAACAAGUUUAGUCGUCCUUGCGCGCAGUUGCUUGCCGCCAGCCAUAGAGUAAAGUUUGAAAUACGCUAAUGCGAAGAAGAUGUCAUCAACUAAGCGUCUGCUAUCAAUUUGUAUACAAUUUUGGGUGAAAAUAAUUUUCUUCGCCGCUGUAUUGGCCUGCUUUGAAGAUCAAAUAUGUUUAACAACACGAAACCGGCUUGGCUACUAUGAAACACGAUCGAGUUAUUUAAAAAUGUUAAGGAAACAGCAAAAUUUAUGUUUGGGUGUGUGUAGUCAUAAUCAGACAGUAAAAUAUAUAUGCUGCGGUAGGCAAGAUGUGCCGGCUGAAAGAAGAAUAUCGGAAGAGCAAUGUCUUCGAAACCAUCGUAAUAACGGUGGAAAUAUAUUAAUAACAAAUGGUAUGGUAGCGCGACGUAAUGAAUUUCCAUUUAUGGCAGCCAUUGGCUGGCGAGCUUUAUUUGGCCGCAAUACCAUUAGCUAUGGAUGUGGUGGCGCUCUGAUCUCAAGUAGACAUGUACUAACAGCUGCGCAUUGUCUAUAUCAUUCCAAUGAAAAACCAAUUGUCGUACGGCCUGGCGGUUAUGAUCUUGAUGAUAAGGAAGCCAAGGACAUUGACAUCGAAAGAAUCUACGAACAUCCAGGAUAUAAUCAUCCAGAUUCAUAUAACGAUAUAGCUAUUAUACUCCUAAAGGAGCCGUAUAAUCCUGAUAAUGUCGAGAAUGCAGAGCCAGCUUGCGUUUGGGCACAACCUUUGUAUCGGGCAAAUGUUACAGCCAUCGGUUAUGGGAAUACCAAAUUUGCUGGAUUAUCAUCACCCAAUUUAAUGAAGGCCGAACUCAAAACCAUCCCAAAUCAAGAGUGCGCAAAAUAUUAUGAACAAGAUAAUAUAAUUUACUCCCAGUUAUGCGCUAAUGAUCCUGUGAGAAAGGGCGAUACCUGUCAGGGUGAUUCUGGCGGACCAAUCAUAAUGUACCGUGAUAUUGGUAAUUUCUAUCAUACCCUACCAUAUGUUGUUGGUAUAACCUCGUACGGCAUUGGCUGUGGCACGGGUACACCAGGAGUUUAUACACGUGUCGCUAGUUAUAUAGAUUGGAUUGAGAAGAUUAUCUUCUAAUAAC